AUGAUGGAUGUGAGUGGUGGAACUGGAGCGGCAACAGGUCUUCGAGCAGAGCCAACACUCAAACAUUUUGAUGAGAACAUAAUUUCGCUCAUUGAGUCCGAGAUAAUGUCCGUCACGCAUGAAACGGGUUGGUCAGACGUUGCUGGUUUGGAGGGAGCGAAGAAAGCUUUACGAGAAAUCGUAGUUUUGCCGUUCAAGAAGACCAGAUAUGUUCAAAGGGAUACGAGCUCCACCAAAAGGGGUAUUGCUCUUUGGUCCUCCUGGUACGGGAAAAACGAUGAUUGGAAGAUGUGUAGCUUCGCAGUGUAA